UAUAUAUCCCCCGUUCCCCAUACCUCUCUGUCCCUCCUCCUUCACUUCUUCUUCUUCUUCUUCUUCUUCUCUCUCUCUCUCUCUCUCUCAGUGAAGGGUGUUUGGGAGUUGUAUGCAAAGAUAGUACGUAGUAAAAUGAGGAAGCCAUGUUGUGAGAAGCAAGACACGAACAAAGGGGCAUGGUCGAAACAAGAGGAUCAGAAGCUCGUAGAUUACAUUCGGAGACACGGCGAAGGCUGUUGGCGUACCCUUCCUCAGGCUGCAGGACUACUUCGAUGUGGUAAAAGUUGUAGGCUAAGAUGGAUAAAUUACCUGAGGCCGGACCUCAAAAGAGGAAACUUCGCCGAAGACGAAGAAGAUCUCAUCAUCAAGCUUCACGCACUCCUGGGCAAUCGGUGGUCAUUGAUAGCUGGGAGAUUGCCAGGGCGAACGGACAACGAGGUGAAGAACUAUUGGAACUCUCAUUUGAGAAGAAAGCUCAUGAACAUGGGAAUCGAUCCGAAAAAUCACAGGCUAAAUCAGAAUCUCCCUCGCUCUCAAAACCCGUGUGCCUCUGGCUGUGCAACAACUUCUUCUGCUUCUAAAGAAAUCGUAUCUCAUCCAUUGACGACCAAGUUAGGGGAGAAUGAUCAGCUCUCUGAGGCUGCAAGUUGUCUAGAGGAUUCCACCCGGUGCUUGCCUGAUUUAAAUCUUGAUCUUAAAAUAACCAUUGAUCAUUCUUCUUCAAUAUCCAUCGUUGAAGUGGAGAAAAAACAAAUUGAUGAAUCUACAUUAUCAAGGGAUUCCAAAUGCGACACGCGCCCCACCCUUCUUCUCUUCGGAUGAUACUUUUCGUCGAAGCAUUCUAUCUAAAGAAAAGAAAUUUUUUGGCACGGGGGAUCGAACAGCGAAAAAUAUCGGACUUUUGGUCACAUUUUGAUGAACUGCAUCAUUUUAGUGAAUAUUUAUAACCAGUUAUCAGUUAAGGGAAGCCGAUAAAGUCAAGAACUGACUUAAACCAUUUAUUCUUUAUGGUUUAAGAGGGAGGACUCGGCUUAAAACAUUGAUAUUCAUUCAAGAGCUUAGGACAUCCUUGUAAUUGUUGCAAUUUAUUGGAUAGUUUUCGUUCACAUUCCAUAAAUAUAUAGGUGUACCAUAUAAUAUGGCCAAGGUAGUGAACUGUUUGGCAAGAGCCUAAUCCCUUUGUAAAGUUAGAACAUUUCUGCAUUGCAGGUUGAUUGAAAUUCGUACCAUUUAUAUAUCAAUAGUGACUCAUAAAUGUAAUGUACGUUUUUUUUUGCUCGGCAAAAGGAAAUCAUGUAAAUUCUAUACAUUGUUAAUCACCAUGUUAUCGAUCGGUCCA